GUGAAAGCCCAGGUUGCCGGAGUUUGCCCUAGAGCGUCUGUUUCACCGUUUAUAUAACUGAAUCCUCGAAACUCUCCCAGCCAGGGGUCGGGCACACAGACCCUGGGCUGCCUGCUCCGCCACUCUCUCUGCUGCAGCUGUUUUUCUCUCGCAUGUUCAAGACCCAGGGUGAGUCUGGAGAGGAGGAGCCUUCGCUGCAGUGAGCUUCAGCCCAGCCUGUUUACCAAAAGAGAAAAUAACAAGCCCAAAGCAGGGGUCGAGACCAAAAAGGAGCGAGCAGCAUUCCCAGAUUGCCGAGACCUCCACGGCUACUUCUCCAGCCUUUGCUCGUGCACGGAUUGGAUCAAGCAUGCUGGACUGGGUGCAAGCUUUGCUUCUCAGCGCCGCGCUGCUAACAGCAGCGUCUGCCACCGAAGAAUGUGCCCUUGGCAAUGGAGUUUCCUACCGGGGCAGCCAGCAGAUUACCUCGAGCGGUGCCCCAUGCCUGAACUGGCUGGCGGUGCAGAGAAACUACAGCUCCACGCUCCUUGCAGUCUCCGAGGAUCACAGCAGCUGCCGGAACCCCGACGGCGAUGCGGCCCCCUGGUGCUACGUGAGCGGCGAGGCCGGCAUACCGGAGCGGAGCCCCUGCGACAUCGCCCCCUGCCCAGUUGUUACCUCCUCCACAGAGACUCUGGUCCCUACAGUUGCGGCUGAGGUUUCUCAGGGGAUAGACCAAGUAUUUGAGCCAGCUGAUACUUUACCAGCCCGGAGCGAGGCAGCUGCUGUGCAGCCCGUCAUUGGGAUCAGUCAGAGAGUCCGGAUGAAGUCCAAGGAAAAGAAGGACUUGGGGACAUUAGGUUAUGUGAUGGCCUUCAUCAUGAUGGUGAUAAUCAUUGCCAUUGGAGCUGGCAUUGUUGUGGGCUACAUCUACAAAAGGGGCAAAGACUUGAAGGAGCAGCACGAGCAGAAGGUUUAUGAGCGUGAAAUGCAGCGCAUCACCCUUCCACUUUCUGCCUUCACGAACCAGGCCUGUGAGCUUGUGGAUGAGAACAUGAUAGUGGUACACACCAAUCAGACCCCCACAGAAGAGGCACAUGAUGGCAAUGCGCCUCUCAUGGGCCAGGCAGGUACUCCCGGUGCCUGAGGAGCUAGGGCCAGGAGAGGCACAGGUUGAAAAGAUUGAGGCUAAGAUCCCAGUCUCUUGUUUCAGGAGUGGGGGGGGUCAUUUGUACUUUUUUGUUGAUGAAUUCCAGCAAGUGACAGGACUUGGAGAUGCACUGAAAUGGGGGCUGUUCACUGUGUGGCUAGCAGGACUUGUUUCACCUGAGGACUGGUGCAGUGUGCCACGCUAGCCCCACCUCCUGUACUUCAGAAUGGGAACUCCCUGCAUCCUCUUUUUCUGUUCCCCUCUCUUUUGACCAGUGUUACAUGCAUUUCAGCCUGUACUCAGACACAGCAGCAGUAUCAGAGGGACUGGUGGGAGCUUUACAGCAGCGUUGUGUAGAGACUUUGAAUGUAGUUUUACAUUUUACUUUAAUAGGAGAAAGGCUGUCCUGUGCAAAUGUCUUUUAGAGAUGGGGAAGAGUCAACUGACAGUUAUCAAUAUGGGCCUGUGAAGAGCUCAUGUUCAGGUGGGAGAGAUGAUUUUGGUUAAAAGGGAGGGAGACAGUUAGCCCCAAUGCAUUGCUUAAGAGAUCUCUCUCAAGAUGCUCAUAAAGCAGUCUUCCAGUGCCCAGGACACAUUCCCACCCUCCUUGGCUAGUACAGAGGAGCCUAGUGCCACAGCAUCCAGCUGGUCUGUGUGCUAGGGCAGAAGAGCAGAAAUGCUUCAAAAGUGGAGGGAAGGUAGAGAACCCCUCAAUCAGCUUCAGGGAGAGUGGCCAAGUACUCUUUGCUGCUUAAAGGGAUAGUAGCCAUUUCUGAAUUCCUUUCAGACUUUCCCCAGAGAUGUGUAUUUCCAGCAAACAAGAGUUUAAGCCAGUCCUAGGGUGAAUGCAAGUGGAAAGCACUUGAGAAGGACAAGCCAGCUGCGCUAGUGCAGGCACAUCAAGGCCUCCUGCAUCCUGUUCUGUGUCCCUUGCACAGGCUGCAGGAGAGGUCACACUGCAGGAGCUGUUUAUCCAAACUGGCCACUUUGGAUAAAGAUUUUAGGGCAAGUGUCUCAGCAAGAAGCACUUGUCUGUUCAUAAUCUGUGUAGGAGUAAUUCAGAGAAAUGCACAGCUCCAUCUCUGCAGCAGGGUUCAAGCCAUCCAAAUAAGCUUUUCUACCCACUUACUUUAAGGAGAGUUACUGAGCAGAGAUUAAGUGUUGAUGUUUAGAUGGGUCAGAAAAAAGAAAGUGGUUUUUUUUUUUUAAAUUUUUGAAUACCAUUUCUUUGUAAAUAUUUUAAAUACCUCAUUAUAUAAAAUAAAGAUGCAGAUUGUCCUAUGUUGUAUUAAAGCUUAAAAAGGAAAAUAAAAAGGUUCUGUGGAAA